AUGUCCUCUGAUCUUGCUGCUGAACUUGGGUUUGACCCCACGUUGAAGAAGAAGAAGAAGUCCAAGAAACUGGCGCCAGAAAACUUGGAUGGUGUUGCCGCUCCAGCUAGUGCUGAUUCAGCUGAAGGCGACGACCUUUUCUCUGGUCUGAAGAAGAAGAAGAAGUCAAAGAGCAAAGAUGUGUCCAAGGAGAGCGCUGGGGAUGGUGAACUAGACGAUGUCUCUGAGGCUCUCGGCGAACUGACGUUGAAGAAGAAAAAGAAGAAGAGCAAAGACAGUACAUUGGAUGAUUUUGAAAAGGAAUUGGCCAGAGCAGGUAUCAACGAGGAAAGCUCGAAGGAUUCCACUCCAACGGGUGAAAUUGGGAACGAUGAAGUUGGCUUGCCAUACGCUGACCUGUUGUCCAGAUUUUUCUCGAUAUUGAGAACGAAUAACCCUGAGCUAGCAGGUGACCGCAGUGGUCCCAAAUUCAGAAUCCCUCCACCUGUGUGUCUACGUGAUGGUAAGAAAACCAUUUUUUCUAAUAUUCAAGACAUAUCUGAAAAGCUAAACAGAUCCCCAGAACAUUUGAUUCAAUAUCUGUUUGCGGAAUUGGGUACGUCUGGUUCUGUUGACGGUCAGAAAAGAUUGGUCAUCAAGGGUAAGUUCUUAUCCAAACAGAUGGAAAACGUUUUGAGAAGAUACAUUUUGGAAUACGUGACCUGUAAGACGUGUAAGAGUAUCAACACCGAGUUGAAGAAGGAACAAUCCAACAGAUUGUUUUUCAUGGUCUGUAAGAGCUGUGGUUCGACCAGAUCUGUCUCUUCCAUUAAGACGGGGUUCCAAGCCACCGUUGGGAAAAGAAGGAGAAUGUAA